AUGGGUCUCGUUUCUUCUUCUCCCCUGCCGGUUUUCCUUGAAAAAUCAAAACCCUCAUCGGCAUUUCAACUCCGUCGUCUCUCCAUCGUCACUCGAAUCGCGAAUCAACCAUCCCAGGCGUCGAACAAUAGGAGUGGUUCAUCUCCUUCACCAAUCUUCCUGACGAAUUUCAACAAAUCGUCACUGUGUCGCCAUCAGCAGAGUAACAGCAACCAUGGAUUUGUUGAGGUCGGCGGAGGAGGAAUCGACGAUGGAGUUGGAGCGGCCGGGGGAGGAGAAGAAGAAGCCUUGGGAGGCGUAGACCGUGGCCAAGUCGGGCUCGGCGGAGGAUGA